GGCUUAAACAUUUGUCGAAACAAAACGCAAGUGAAAAUUGCUAACAUUAUUAUUGUUUGAGCCUUUUAUUCUCAUGAAACACGGUAGUUUUCAUAUAAAAGUUGACCUCAAAUUUGCACUAAUGUAUUACUUAACAUAUGAUUUCCCUUACGAGCUCUGCGAAAAACGGCCAUGACUUUCGAAAUUUCAAAGGAUCCGCCAAACAUAACGUGACGUUUUUGCAUUACCCGUAUGUACAAAUUGACGUCAGCGACGUAUUGUGUUUUGGAUGGCAAAGACAAAAACGUUGUUUUAAAAAGCUUUGUAUGUUCGGAAAAUGUGAAGUUGCAAUAUUGCGAUAAUGAAAAUCGUUUGCAUCGGUGUACUUUUAUGCGGCAUUUUUUACUGUUGUAUUGUACAAACAUCGAGUUCACCUGAAAGACCAUCACAGACAAUAAAUCUAGAGACUGCUUCAAUUGUCUCACCCGGACUUCUUGAAAGAAUAUUUUUAUUUCCGCUCACCUUUCUGCAAGACGAACCUAAAAGUCCAACCGAAAAUGACGUCGUUUCGACAGACACCAGUUUACAAAUAUGCGACGGGGGUACGGUAUUUGACGUGUUCAUCGAUGCAGUAACCGUAAUUGUUUGGCGAAUAUGGAACCUGCUCGAAGAAAACUGCGAACCACUCGGCCUCUGGGAUUUCAACCUUGAUCCCCACCUUGUUGGCACGGACACGAACCCUCCCGAUAACGGCUUCGGAAUAAUUUCGGCAACCUUCCAUCAAACAUCCCGACUUCUGCCGACAUUUAAUAUCGUAAAGGAAGUAACAAAAAGCAGUCUGAUAACGGCAAUCGAAAAAAUGGAUGUCUCCAACGCAAGGAUGAGAGUGUUAGAUCUUUCGACAAAAGUAUAUGAAAUGAUGUCACACCUUUUGUCGAUCGUGACAAUGACGUGGAUGACACUAUUGAGAUGGACCGUGGCGACUAUUCUUGCCGUGUCCUGUUUCACAUAUUUUUUACCGAAUGUAAAUUCGAAUGGAAACACAAAACGAAGACAUUUUAUAGUAGCGCGUCUUAGGGAAAAACUAAAACCAAAACAGCAACGCACGUCCCCCAUGUCUUCACCGAGGGCGAAAGUACAUUACCAAAUGUGUGAAGUGUACGACACCCUGCCAUGUAACUGUGGUGGUCGAAAAACAAGUUUGGAGCAUACCCACUACCGCAUGUGUGAGCUAUUCGACCGACAGCGCUGCAACUGCGGUGGUCGACGGAAUGGACCCAGGGAGCUCGAAAAACCUCACGUCAAGUCCGAAGUGUUGGGCGGCGAAUGUUGCAACUACAACUGCGGUAAGGUCUUUGUUGAGAAUAGGUCACCAGUAAACAUCAUAGUUCUCGGAAAUCCUGAAGCAUUUAUAAAAUUGACGCGCACGAGGAAUGGAGGCCUGAAUGAACUGUCGACGAGCUUUCAAGAGUCUCACAACGGCAUUUCAGAUGUUGAAGAUGAUUCUAAUGUGAGCAUACACAUUCCUAAAACGGUUGCUCGCAUCGAUACUCUUGAAGCCGCCUAUCAUCUUGAUACUAUUGAAGCUAUUACAGCCGCCGAUCAUCUUGAUACUAUUGAAGCUAUUACAGCCGCCGAUCAUCUUGAUACUAUUGAAGCUAUUGAAGUCGCCGAUCAUCUUGAUAUUAUUGAAGCUAUUGAGGUCGCCGAUCACCUUGAUACUAUUUACAACGGUGGUGAUGAAGUGAUAGAGCUGGGCACGAGUCUGUGCAGCGACAUCGGUCAGCCUUGCUUUAACUCUAGUUUUAAAGAGGAAUCGAUUCUAAAUGACCUUGAAACAAUGUCACAUUCGAGCGCGUAUUACUCGCCAGCGCCAGGAGACAGCGCCGAGUUGAAACUCUCGCCUUGGAAAUCACCGCAGAAGAGGCGUGGUCCAGAGGACAGUUCACGGGCAAAUGAUUCACUGUGGUCAUUCUAUGACGCCGAGAGCUUUCUGGAUACCUCGAACUUCGAUCAAAACAUUUCUUUUCAACGUGGAGAUGGGAUCGUGGAGAUAGCAAUGAUUCUGUUGGUAAAAGGAGCAAUCAAGAUCACAGCGUGGUUCAUGAAUAAGCAAGGCUUCAUAAAGGCAUCUGAUGGCGUAACACUUCAGGCAGAAAACGCCAACACAAAUAGUGAACUACGACGACGGCGACCAAGAAAUAGAAUCCGGUACAACCGGCAAUUUUCUGGAUCUCAAAAUAACUCUGCGAUGAAACUUCAUGAUACUACUCUCGGAUCUUACUGUGCUUGCGGUGAUUUUGCAGAUACAACCGAUGCAGAGAAUGGGAAACCCAAAAACAUUGGUAAUUACCCGUUGGAAAAAAUGAAUUGUGUAGGUGCUCGUGAUACCAAUCAUUCCGAGAACAACGAAUCAAUUCUGAAUAAUGACGUGAACGAUCUCAUGCUGGAAGGUUGCGAGUCAGAUAAAGAACCAGCCAUAAUUUUUAGAUCCAACGAAAAUAUAUAUUAUCCGAUUAAUGACGACGCAUAUGAACGAGGUUCUCACAGUAGUUUAUUAUCAAGAAUACCCUUUACAAAGAUUAACAAUAAUCACAGUUCUGACGGCGGGAAUAACUUUAAAUUGAGUAAUGACAGUGAAUCUGUCACUGCAAUAGAAGAGAAUGUGGCAGCUUUUGAUCAACCAGUGUGCAGGUUUUUGAAUGAGAUCACUGACCUUAACCGCGAUAAAGAACUUAUGAUCGAAGGGCACGAAUCGCCCACAUUGGAAAAGGAUCCCAGCUCUGCUCCUGAGGGAGUAAUUUCCGAUCAAAUAGAACAAUUAAACAUGGAAGACAAUAGGUUAAAAUGUACCGCAACUGAAAGCGUAAAACCGCAUGAAAUCGUAGGCAGUAAUUUGCAUACAAUUGAACAGAUUGAUGCCCCAAAACUGAAUCUAUGUGAAAACACUGCAUGUAUGUCAGUGACUGAAAAUCGAGAACUGCAAAACAGUCAGGAUAGUUCCAGAACAGUAUAUGUUGCAAUAAACGAGACAACCCCAUCGAUGUGCAACUACAACACACCAAUAUUGAUAUCGGAUGUCGCGAUACAAGAAGAUGGUAAUGUAAAGCUGCCUUCGGAACCAAUCACAGAUGCCAUUGAUGAUCGGGACAAUAGCGAUGGCAUUAGAACACCGGAGUUAUCUGCCUCUGAUGGAUAUUUAACGGACUCCUCAGGAUAAGGACAGGGUCUAUUUGCAUAAGUGAACAAACUAUGUUCAUGGAUGUGAAUUAUUUUGUCGAAGUUUUUCAGUUACCGCACAUUUAGAAUUUUUUGGUUGACGGAUGUGCCUCUAUGCAGAAUUUAAUUGGUCAUAUAAUAUUGUUUUAAAAUAGAAUAGUAUCUUAUAAAAAAUAAAGAUAUUCAGAUGUUGAA